AUGGCCGCGUCGGCGGUCAAGCUCAUCGUGCCCGCCGGCAAGGCGAGCGCACAGCCGCCCGUCGGCCCGGCGCUUGGUGCCAAGGGCGUCAAGGCCAUGGACUUUGCAAAGGAGUUCAACGCACGCACCGCACACCUCGAGGUCGGCCUGCCGACACCCACCAUCGUCAACAUCAACCCCGACCGCACCUUCACCUUCGAGACGAAGACACCACCCACGGCGCUGCUGCUGAAGCGCGCUGCCGGCGUCACGUCGGGCUCGGGGCGCUCGGGCACCGAGGUGGCAGGCACGGUCAGCCUGAAGCACCUGUAUCAGAUCGCGCAGAUCAAGCUCAAGGACGUGCAGGGCGUGAGCGAGGAGGCGAUGUGCCGGACAAUCGCCGGCUCGGCCCGCUCGAUGGGCCUGCGCAUUGUGCGGUGA